AUGGAGGUUCCGCACCAACACUCACCCCCACCCGACUUACCUGACCCUCCUCUUUCGCACCCCGUCAAGCCCCAGCGAAAGGUCACCCCGACCGAGCGCAAGUCUUCCCAGCUGCCAUCGCCACCGUCCUCCAGCGAGCGCAGACGAGUCUCCCCGGGUGCUGACGAGCUACCUCAACGGCUCGCCGACGUCAGAGUUGAGUGGCAGAUGAGAGGUGACAUUGACAAGCUCGCGAGCCUUCCCCUCAGUGGUGAGGACUUCAUCCGCCUUCUUCCCGAGCUCGAAUCAACGUUCCGCAGAUUCGACUACGAACCCUGGCACGAGCGUAUUACCAUCCGUAUGCCUUCAAGAACUCAUGAUAUUUUCUCUCAGUUCAUAUCCGACGUCAUAUUCGACGCAUUGUCCGAGCUCGGCCGUAAUGAUGAGGCCGUCCAUCCCAUGACAAGCAAGAUUGUCAAAGGCGCAACCUCCGACAUCGACAUCUACGUCUCUGAUAGCCAUGAGAAAAGCAAUGACCACGUCCCUUUGAAGCGCUCCCCCGAUGGACAGUUUCUCUUCGCCGAUGCCGAGCUGCCAAAUGUUGUCUUUGAAGUUGCAUACAGCCAGGACCCAAAGCAACUCCCCAAGCUCGCCAAAGGGUAUAUCCAUCAUUCCUGGGGAGACAUUAAGGCAGUUCUUUGUUUUACCAUCGCAAAGUCGAAGGAGUCCACCGUUUCAGUGUGGAAGCCUGUAUUCUACCGAGAAGCAGGCAGCGAUGAGGUCACGAUGGAGAUAGAGCAGGUGGUCAAGUCACAACCUUUCCGAACAGCUGACGGAACCCCGAUCAAUCAGGACUACGAACUUGUCCUCGAUCUUCACGACUUUAUCCCUGAUCCAGAUUGCGAUGGGUACCCGAACCCCUGCAUCUCGAUUCCGUACUCGAAGCUGUACGAAUCCCUCUUGGAAGCCGAACAACGCUCUAAGCCACGCCGCAAAUGCUCGCCCUCCACGCGCGGUGUAAAGCGGAGUCGCCUGUCCUCGACUCGGUUGAAUCCGUGGCUUAGGAGGACAGAGAUAAACAGAUACCUGCUAUAUAAGUUUAGCGUGCUAACCACUAUAUAA